AUGAAAUUGAUUCAGAAGCUGCUGGACAAGCACGGCAUCGAGCGUGUGGUGCAGACGGUGGUGGACGCAAGGAGGAAUCCACCCCGGCCGAUCCGCGUCGUCGGCCUCGACAUCAACACGAAUAGCACUGGUUUUGUCGUAUUGAACGAACGAGGUGGUGUCGAGACGAGUGGACAUAUAUGUACAAAGCAUCUUCAAAGCGAUGGUCAGAUUCUCGACAUUGGCGUUGCAAUCGCUUCUCAAAUCACAGAGCUGCGCAACGAGGUAACGUCGACGACUUCCGUUGCGUGGGAAGUUGGCAUCGAGGACUUUCUCCGGACGUUCUCACCGGGUCAGUUUAAGACGAAGGGACUGUUCCAGCUCGCACAACUAAAUGGACUCGUAUCGUACUGCGCACUCACGACAUUUGGCGUGGCGCCGGCUCAUGUCCAUCCCACCGCGGCACGACACUUUUUCUCACUCAAGGUGCCUGCGGGAGUCGCCAAGAAGAAGGACGAGAUCAAGCGGGUCGCGCUGGCCCAUGCGAUCGCAACCGAACCUGCGCUUCACCUGCCACACAUGCCAGUAUCUGCUCAAUACGAUGUCGCCGAUGCGUACGUUGUUGCGUCGUACUCAUACUGGCGCCGCGUGAUCGAGAACUCGAUUGCAGCAACUCCAACCGAGUUGAGAGUGGCGCUAUGGCGUGACAUGGAGAACCAGUUGACGAAACAGAUCGCGUCGAACACUGCGAAAAUGAAAAAAUUUUCCAAGCCAGAGUACUUGGAAGCAGUUUUUCGCCAAGAAAUCGACGUGUGGGUGAAAACCCACCGACUGAUCCUUUAACCGCUUGCCCGUUAACUGCAGAAUACACCAUCCGUGCGCUCUUGUCGACGUUCGACGCGGGGAUCGACGGUAUGUCAGAGGCCUUCGGCGCAUUACUCGUUCGAGCUACCACUGGGACCUUUGCGUCCAAGCAAAGUGGAGUCGCCGACGAGACUGUCCAAAGCACGGGAAAAGGGCCUCUCUCCGAAUGGAAGACGCUCUGCAUGCCCCUCCAGCUGCACAGAGGGAUGGAUUGCAAGUGUUUGGGACCUACACGCGUAGAGCACGGUGUCGAAGCAACGCGAGCUGCGACACCACAUCCACGACGAAGUUCACGUCCUCCUAUUGUACUUUGCGUGGACAAAGCAAGCCUACGACGGCCUUCGACCGUCGUCCCUGCCGA